AUGGCAUCCAACAAAGCUUUCAAUGUAAAAAAAGGACGGUCGGGUAUUCUUUUUAGUGACAAGGUGAAGAUUAUUAAGGAUUUGGAAAAUGGAUUAUCGGUCCGAGAUGUUAUGUAUAAGUACCGCAUCAAGGCUCGUUCAACAAUUUACAACAUCCAGAGAAAUAAAUUAAAGAUCAUGGAUAAUAUUGCGAACAUUCAAGGAAAUUUUGCGCAUCGAAAGCACUUCAAACAAGCACGCCAUCCCAAAGUCGAUGAAGCAUUGUACAUCUGGUUUCUACAACAAAGGCAACGUCAUAUUCCGGUAAGCCAAGAUAUGCUGCAAGUGCAGUCAGAGAAAUUCUUCAACGAAUUGGUUGGUGAGGGAAAUUUUGGAAGUCGAGGCUACAUCGACAAGUUUAUCAAGCGACACGAUAUUCGCCUUCUUAAAAUUACGGGUGAGAAAUUAUCAAGCAAUUUGGCUGUUAUUGACGAAUACGUCCAAAAGUUUGCGGUUGAAAUGAAUUUCAAAGAUUUACAACCGUGUCAAAUCUUCAACGCAGACGAAAGCGGCCUUAACUUCAAAAGCACGCCUACCAGUUCCUACGUCGAUAAAGAUUCUGCUGAUGCACCAGGAAAGAAAGUUAUGAAGGAACGCUUAACUUUCAUGCCAUGUUCCAAUAUGGACGGUUCGUUGAAAUUGCCUCUAAUGGUCAUUGGAAAAUAUCUUCAUCCUCGGCCAUUGAAAAACUUGAAAGUGUUGCCAGUUCAUUACGCUGCAUCGAAAAAUGCGUGGAUGACACGCAAUUUGUUCAAAGCAUGGUUUUUCGAGCAGUUUGUGCCACAGGUUCAGAAGUUUUUGGAGGAUUCGGGACUACCCAUUCGGGCAGUUUUAGUUUUAGAUAACUGCUCUGCCCAUUACAGUUCAGAGGAACUAAAAACUGAUGAUGGAGCAAUAUGGACAAAGUUUCUUCCUCCAAACACAACUGCUGUUAUCCAACCAAUGGACCAAAACGUGAUUCAAAUGAUAAAAUCACGUUACCGACAAAUCAUGAUGAGAGAAGUCCUUGGAAGGCCUGGGGAUUUCCAUGACAAUGUCAAGAAAAUAAACGUUAAAGAUGCCAUAUUUUGGGUUGCUCAAUCAUGGGAUCUGGUGCCCCAAACUUCGAUAAGAAAAUCGUGGAAUUUGCUGUACAACCCCGAAGUUGAAGAUGAAGAUGAUUUGCCACUGUCUGUUAUCAAAAAUCGACUGUCACAAAUCUCGGAGAAAAUAAGGACUUCAGAUACCAUCGACGAGGAGAACGCAGAAUUCGAAUUCAUGAAAGAUGAAGAAAUUGUUGAGAAAGUGCUAAACCCGUCAGCAGAUGAUGAAAUGUCUUACAAUACCAUGGAUUCCAGUGUACCAGGCGAUGACACUUUGAAUGAUUCAGAACUAGUUGAUGACGAUUACCAACCGGUUCAGGAUGAGUAUGCUCUGAAUGCUAUUGGUGUUAUGGUCAAAUAUGCUGAAGACAAUAGCUGGCCCCUUAAUUCUCAAUUUUCGUUGCGUGAAAUGCGAACGAAAAUCUUUGAGAAAAUUGCGGACAGAAAUUCAUCUUGA